CGCAGAAGUAAUUUGUGGAUGUCCACAGUGUGAUAUAUUGACUCAUAAAGCUAUAAAAAGUGAUUAGUUAAUUAAUCAGGCUAAUAACAAAGUUGUGAUAUAGUUAAGACUUCAACAAAUAGUUUCAGUGCGGAUCACUAAGGCAAGCCAACCUAGAAAUCCAUAUUAUUUCGGUGACAAGUUUCCCUACAGUCGCCAUAUUGCAUUUGACACAACUGAACAGACAGACAGAAUGGCGAAAAAAACAUACGAUCUUUUAUUCAAACUUUUAUUAAUCGGUGACUCCGGAGUUGGAAAGACGUGUCUGCUUUUCAGAUUUUCAGAUGAUGCAUUUAAUACUACAUUUAUCUCCACAAUAGGUAUUGAUUUUAAAAUAAAAACAGUAGAAUUAGGUGGAAAGAAAAUCAAAUUACAGAUAUGGGACACAGCUGGUCAAGAAAGGUUUCACACUAUUACAACAUCAUAUUACAGAGGUGCAAUGGGUAUAAUGCUAGUUUAUGAUAUAACGAAUGCCAAAUCAUUUGAGAAUAUAUCAAAAUGGCUACGGAAUAUAGACGAGCAUGCAAAUGAAGAUGUUGAAAAAAUGAUACUAGGUAAUAAAUGUGACAUGGAAGAUAAAAGACAAGUACCGAAAGAGAGAGGGAAUGCGAUUGCUAUAGAACAUGGUAUACCCUUCUUAGAAACCAGUGCGAAAGCUAAUAUAAAUGUUGAAAAAGGUUUUAUGGAGUUGGCACAAGCCAUAUUAAAUAAGACACCAGGAAGAGAUGCAGAACCCAAAGGAGUUGAUAUCCACAAACAAGAACAAGGAAGAACAAAAUGUUGUUAG